UCUACUCCUUUAACAAAUUCUACCGAAACCCAAUUCAAUCCACAUCCUUACUUAAUAUACAUGGCCUCGUUCUUCAGCUGUAAUUACUCAGAUGUCCAUACAAGCUACACAUUGGAGAAUUCACGGCCGUCAACCACCAUCUCUGAUGAGGAAGUCUACGCCACGGUGGCGACCAGUCCACCCAAGCGGCGGGCCGGGCGAAGGAAAUUCCGUGAGACACGGCACCCAGUUUACAAGGGCGUCAGGCAGAGGAACGGCGGCAAGUGGGUCUGCGAGCUGCGCGAGCCGAACAAAGCCUCACGGCUGUGGCUCGGGACGUUCCAGACACCUGAGAUGGCUGCCCGGGCUCACGAUGUUGCCGCCAUGGCUCUCAGGGGCCGAUCGGCCUGCCUCAAUUUUGCCGACUCUGCCUGGCGCUUGCCCGUGCCAGUGUCCGGCAGCGGCAAAGACAUACGGAAGGCGGCGGCAGAAGCUGCUGAAGCUUUCCGACCUUUAAAAUCUGAGAUGGCUUCUGGCAGCAGUGACACAAGUAAGGAGGAGAAGUCGAUGCCUUUGCCACCGGAAAAUCUGUUUUACGAGGAUUAUGAGGUGGAUUGCGGCAUGGCGGGAUUGCUUGAGGGCAUCGCAGAGGGAUUGAUGGUUUCGCUGCCUCCGAUCCACUUAAGUGGGUUCCAGUGGGAUGACGUAGAAUGUGAUGCUGACGUGUUGCUGUGGAGUCACUCCAUUUGAAUAAAUUCCAGGGCAGGCUCGCUCUUCAUGUGUGCCAAGUGCGCACCGUGCGAGGUGCACGAUCCGAACAAGGCAUCAUGGCUGUGGAUUGGGAGGUUCGAUGUCGCUGCGAUGGCUCUCACGGGCCGGCCGCCAUGCCUAGAUUUUAUCGAAUUGGGCCGGUUCUUGCCAUGGCCAGUGUCUGGCAGUGCCCAAGACAUACGGAAGGGGGCAGUGGAAGCUGCUGAAGCUUUACGACAUCGAAAAUCUGAGACGGCAUCCGGCAGCGGUGACAAAAGUGCGGAGGAGAACUCGACGUGUUCACCACCGGAAAAUGUAUUUUACACGGACGAUGAGGUGGAUUGCGGCAUGUCGGGAUUGCUUGAGAACAUGGCGUAGGGAUUGAUGGUUUCGCUGCCUCCGCUUAAGUGUGUCGAGCCACUCUAUUUGAUUAAGUUCCAGGGCGGGCUCGCCCAUGGCGUGUGCCGAGUGUGCACCGUGCGCCCUUCUCAUUUGAAGAAAGGGUUUAUCAAAAUCCGUUGGGGGCACUGACGUCCGGGACCUAUGGCUCCAAUCAGUAGAUGUUGGAUCUUCUGCUUCUUUCUUUUUUUUUUCUUUUUCCUUCUUUCCUGUCUGUAAUGCGGGUCUCCGCUCGUUUGUACGUGAAAUAGAACAGCAGCACAUUAUGAGAUUAAUUUUAU